AUGCUAUGGAGAUUAGCCGGUGGUGUGACCGGAACGGCGCGCGGUGGUAGAGGGGCUGCAGGGAGUGGAGUGGCUGGGACAGUUGGCGCGCAUGUAGUGGCUGCAUGGGAGCUGUCCGAGGCGGUAAUUGGUGGAGUGGUGGGGCUGCAUGCAGGUGGAGUGGAGCGAGGCACGCGGGGCGAGGUGGCCAGGGGGCUGGCUGGCGUGGGCGGCGGGUCCCGCGGGCUAGCAGGGGAGAUGCGCGCGGGGGUUGGCGGCCGAGUGGAUCGCGCGGGGGUUGGUGGCGGGUCCCGCGGGCCGAUUGGAGCUGGGCGGGGCGGCCGGAUUGGCUCGAGGGCGCGCGGGGAUCCCGAUGGCUGGUACGAGGUAGGGGCGCGGGAUACGGGGUGGAUGAGGCUGGGAUCUUCUGUGGCCAGGGGAGGUGCGGAGGAGCGUGGGUGA